GAGUCUAGUCUCGAACCGAAACGAUACUAGUUUGUAUUGAAAUUUACCAGGCGCUUUGAAAAUGCAAACAUAUUUGACAUUUGAGAAUAAAUUUUAAACUGAUAUUUUGUUAGAAUUUUUUUUUUCUUUUCAUCAUUUGAUGUUUUUGUUUAUGAUUUUGAAGAUAAGGGAAUAAUAUCUUCAAAACAGGUUAUGUAGCCUCAAUACCAUUAAAACCAAAAAAGUUGUUCAACUUCCAUAAACAAUUGGCAGUGAGAAAUUUCCAGAUGUUGAUGUCUUGUCGCUUUACAGCGGAAGCGGGGAACAGUAGCUUCUGAGUGUAAGGAGCCCUGAAAAAUUUCAGAUGGAUAUUUGUUAUACUAUAAUCAACUUCAUAUCCAAAUUUAGAGAUACACAGCAUUCAUUUUAGCAUAUGAAAAUGAAGGUGAGAAUGGAAAGUGAGAAAUAGAAGACAAUAAUUUGGAGGAAGAAUAUCAAAAUUAUAUCUUUUGAGUUUCGUAUAAGAAAACACGACAGACGGCUGAGAAUAUUCUUUCCUACCAGUGCACCUUACUCACCCAAUAAUAAUUAUGAAUCUCAGAAAAAGGAAUACAAUGUCGAAAGAAAAAAAAGACAAAGUCGAAAAAGAAAUACUACUUACAAAACACUGCCAUGUGCUGCUCAUAAGGUUACCAUUCCUGGCAAAUGGAACGAUAAAAAGAAGGUGUCUAAGAAAAUUAGAAAAGAAACUAGAGUGCUAUCAGCCUCCAAUUUUGAAACGAGCCAAAAGAAGAAUUAAUGCACCAUCGACUCAAAGUGCUUCGAAGAUUAAAGUACCUAUAAAGCGGGGAGGAAAAGUAGUGCAUAAAACUGACUCCAAAGCACACGUAUCUAGAGAAACUAAGCAUUCUAAACAAUACAAUAAAAGAAAACAUUUUGUGAGUCAUAAUCAUACCCAAAGCCAUGCAUCCAAGGCAGAGAAUAAUUCACUAGUGGAACUAUCCCGGCAAAAGGACAGCGUGGCUGCAAAGGAUGAUAGAAGCAAAAAUACAGAAGACGGACCAUGUUCAAUAACAUUCUUAAAUGAAAGGACAAAGUCGGCAAGACAUAGAGAUUCCAAAAAAUUUAGAGUUUGUUUAAGUUUAGCCUAUUAUGUUUAUAUGUUUAAAGAGUAUUUGUUAAAUUUGUGUAUGUUAGGAAGAAAUGGGAAAAUGUACAUUCUAUCUGAACUCGCGCGAAGAAGUACCAGUGCGAAAUUCUUUGUGAAGAAUACAAACAGGGAGAUUGUUUUGAAUAAAGGCUUGAUUGAAUGGAUUGUUGGACGGUUUUUUGAAAAAGAAGUUUUGCUAGAGAACCAAGAUGAAAUAAUAAAAAAUGCAAUAAGAAAAGCAGAGGCAAUUGUAAUAAAAAAGUCAAAACACGAAAAUGAGAUGUUGAGACAGCAAAUGGCUCAAGCUGAUGAAAAUGCCCUUUUCGAUGAGCAUGAAGUCUUGAAAUACACCAGUACAGCUUUGGUUGAUGGUGAAGCGGCAGCAAUUAGAUCGAGAGAUGAAAAUGCACUUAGAUCUGAAAAUCUUUGCAUUGAACAAAAAGUACUUGCACCUGACAACAAACUUACCAUUUCCGGAUUUAAGGAAGCUGCUAAAGCAAACGAGGGAAAUUAUUUUCCAUUUGAUGAUUUUCUAUAUGGAGAACCUUGGAAAGAAUCUAUUACAGAAAUUAAUAAUACACCAAAAAAUGUGGCAUCUGUGACUGAAGCCAAAACAUGUUGUUUUGCGGCCCUAGCCAAUAAUAUCUGUGCAUGUCGCAGUUCUGGCAUCAGAUUUAUUCAUAGUAUUGCGGAAAAAAAAAAUAAUUUAUCAUUUAUGACUGCCUCCAAGCCUGAUAGCAAAAUCAGAAUGGAAGACAAUUGUAGGUUAGAAAAGUGUGAUGGAAAAUCUUGUUUGAAAUGCAAAAUUCAAUUGAUCACCACUAAAGGGACACAUUACUCUUUUAGACCUCUUGACAAACCUUUUGACCCUAAAAUUUCCGAAGCUGUUCGUAUUUUAAAAUCAAAUCACAUCUCUUAUCUAAGGCGUCGAAAAGGGGGCUUUGGCGCGAGUCCCAAAUAAAUUUUUAAAUCUCUCUCCUGUACACUUAUUUAACAUUGCUAGAAAAAUGUUGGUUUUUAUGAUGUAUUAUUGUAUAUAAAUAUUGUGAAACAUUUUAAAUAAAAGCUUAAUAAAAUAA